AUGCCCAACCCUGAAGAUUACGCCGUCGGCUGGAUCUGCGCCGUAGGGACCGAGUAUGUUGCUGCCCAAGAAUUUCUCGACGAAGAGCACGACCAACCGGAGUUUGUGUCCACAAACGACACCAACGACUACGCUCUUGGUAGAAUCGGCAAACACAACGUUGUCAUCGCGGUGUUGCCAGACGGUGAAUAUGGAACACCUUCUGCGGCCAGUGUUGCGACGAACAUGCUCCAUAGCUUCCCAAAUGUUAGGAUAGGUGUACUGGUCGGCAUUGGCGGCGGCGCACCAAGUCCGAAGCACGACAUUCGUCUUGGCGACAUCGUGAAUCAGGCCUUCCACAACACGCGAUUUUUGAACCAACCCCCGACGGCUCUGCGGACUGCGUUGACGGGAAUCCAGGCUCAGUAUAAGAGGAAAGGCCAUCAGCUUGAAGCCGCUGUCGACACCAUUCUUGAGAAGAACCCAAGACUACUACAGGAAUACAAGCGACCUGCGCCUGACACUGAUAGGCUGUUUAAGGCCGAAGUUGCUUGCGACUCGAGAGGGUGUGCUGCGUUCUGUGCUGCCGAACAGUCGAAUAUGGUAUCACGCCGUAAGCGGAGGACAGACGAGGAUAAUCCGGCAAUUCACUAUGGCCUUAUCGCCUCCGCCAACCAGGUGAUGAAAGACGCUACAGUUCGGGAUAAGCUUGCAGCUGAGAAAGAUGUUCUUUGUUUUGAAAUGGAGGCGGCGGGGUUAAUGAAUCACUUUCCUUGUCUUGUUAUUCGCGGAAUAUGCGACUACUCAGACUCGCACAAGAACAAGGAGUGGCAGGGCUAUGCAGCUAUGGCGGCUUCUGCAUAUGCGAAAGAUCUUCUCAGUCGAAUAGCUCCAAAUAGGGUUGUGGGGGUUUAUGUCCCUGAAGUUCCCCAAACCUAG